ACCACCCUUGUGAGGACGCAACGUGUAAAUAUGGACACCGCUUGGGUGUUCAUCGGAGCAAUCUUUGUCCUAAUUGGUGAACAAUGUUUAUUUGGCCCGCCUGUGAUGGAAGGCGAUUGGGUUAGAAGGUGGUUGGGUGAUUUGACUGGCCUUCGAUUCAACGUCACACCUCCAGUCUGUUUGUUUAGAUUUUUUUGGUGGAGAGCGAAUCUGCAGGGAAAAACCCACUUCUUCGGAGACUGUCGCAUCAAUCUACUGACUACGAAGACAGCUACAAUGGCUUCACUCUCUCCUCGCAGACCGAGUCGCUGUGCCGGAGGGGCAGUAGUGCAAGCACAAGCUGCAACGGAGCAGUCUUACAUGGAAAGUGUGGUGACCUUCUUGCAAGAUGUUGUCCCUCAGUUUUAAGCUGCGCCAGGGUAGCAGGUCCGUUUACCGGAGUAAUCAGCGGGGCUGGUACCGGAAAAACGGGCUGGAUCCAACGGCUGCAUACGAACCGGACAGGAGGAGAAAAUCCGCGGCGCAGCUCAGCCGAGGAGGAGACUCUCAGGCUUACUCUGGUGGUCUGCAAACUGAUGAAAAGGAGAAGGUCAUUUGGGUUCGUUUUGAGAAGGCUGAUAUCAAUGAUUCUGCCCGCAACUUUGAGUUGAAGAUACAGAGUGGCACAACUGAUCCCCCUCUCUGUCUCAUGAUUGGUUAUACUAAUGGAUUGCAGAUCUGGAGUGUGUCUACAGCAGGGGAGGCCCAGGAGCUAUUCUCAGUGCGUCAUGGCCCAGUGAAAACUGCUCGAAUUUUACCAGCUCCACAUUUCAGUCCUCUGAAGGUGGACGUUUUUUCCGAUAAGAGACCUUUGCUAGGAGUUUGCAAAAGCACAGGGUCAUCAGGAACAAGCCCCCCUUACUGUUGUGCUGACCUGUAUUCACUCAGUACAGGGGAACUCGUCAAAUCAAUUCAGUUCAAGACCCAGAUUCAUGAUCUUCUCUGUAACGAGCAUAUUCUUGCUGUCACCCUACAAGAAAAGAUAGCAGCAUUUGACAGCUGCACCUUAACGAAGAAGUUUUUUGUUACAAGUUGCUAUCCCUGUCCUGGGCCAUACCUCAAUCCAGUCGCACUUGGAAGUCGAUGGCUAGCUUAUGCUGAAAACAAGUUAAUCAGAUGUCACCAAUCAAGAGGAGGAGCUUGUGAUGAUAAUGCACAAUCUUAUACAGCAACAGUAAUCAAUGCCGCAAAGACUCUAAAGACAGGCCUCUCCAUGGUCGGGAAGGUUGUGACCCAGUUAACUGGUACUCUGCCAGCAAGUACUUCAGAAGAAGAAGACUCCCCUCAUAACAUGAGUCGUCGUAGCCUCCAUAACGCCGGUGUAGUCACAGUCAUUGACACUUGUAGUGUUGGUGAGGGACAGGUCUUGGUGAGUGAGGACUCAGAAGGAGUGGGACUAGUGGCUCAUUUUCCAGCUCAUGACAAACCCAUAUCCUGCAUGAAAUUCAAUCCGAGUGGAAUGCUACUUUUGACUGCUGAUAUCCUUGGUCAUGAUUUUCACAUCUUCCAGAUCCUCACCCACCCAUGGGCAUCUUCACAGAGUGCUGUUCGCCAUCUAUAUACAUUACACCGGGGGGAGACUGAAGCAAAGGUCCAGGACAUGUGUUUCAGCCAGGAUAGUCGUUGGGUGGCUAUCAGCACCCUUCGCGGUACUACCCAUGUAUUUCCCAUUAACCCCUACGGUGGUGUACCCUGUUCCCGCACCCAUAUGUCUCCACGGGUUGUCAACCGGAUGUCACGCUUCCAGAAGAGUGCUGGCCUGGAGGAAAUUGAACAGGAGCUGAACAGACUGACAACAUGUGGAAAUUUAGGCGGAGGGAGCAUUGGAGGUGUUGUCCCUGUCCUAGGUGGAGGAGGAGCCAUUGGGGGUCGCUGUAGCCCCAUACUUGGUCUUUCCAGUAGCCCAUCAGGGUCUCCACUUCAUGCCAAGUUAAGCAGCCAAGAAUUGUACAACUUCACCUAUAACAACAUGGCAAAUCCGCGGUUGUCUUCUUUGCCCAACCUCACCGUUGUCCUACCUCUGGCUCAGAUCAAACAACUCAUGACCCUAGGCACAAUCACUAAACGUACUGGCAAAGGUAAGCCACCGCCUCAGAUGUCCCCGAGCAAGUCCAGUGGACGAGAGUUCUGUGUGGCUGCCAUCUUUGCCUCAUCCCGAUCAUGGUUCAUCACAGACCCCACCAUGAAGAGAGAGAAAGAUAAAUCAAGGCAAACCAUUUUCGACUCCUUGUACAUCAUCAGCUGCUAUGGUAACUUGGUAGAGCAUGCUCUCGAACCUCGGCCAGUAAGCACAACACAAAAGAUAAGCCAUGACACUGCUUUAGAACUUCAUACCUCCCCAAAGGCAUGCUGGACUUUAGCAAGAACUCCACAGUGGAAUGAACUGCAGCCACCCUUCACCUCCAAUCAUCCACUAGUUUUGGCUUCUAAUAAUGUGCAGUACUGUCAGCACUUUUUGGCAGGGAGAACAUGUAGUGUUUUGGGACAUGUUGAAAAUCCUUCCCAAGGUGAAUUGAGGAUGCCCCAAGGUAGCCCAAGCCAAAGCAAACAUCAUGAGUAUUCAGCAUCUGAUCACAUUGGGCAGAAUGAUGUGGAGUGGCUCUCUCAGGUGGAGAUUGUUACUCACACAGGUCCGCAUCGUCGGCUGUGGAUGGGACCCCAAUUUCAGUUUAAGACCAUUCAUUCAUCAGGCCAGACUACAGUAAUUUCAUCUUCUUUCGUGCUUCAGUCGCAAGACCCAUCUAAUGCACAGCAGCCUCUCCUAGACUUUGAUACAGAUGACCUGGACCUACUUAGCCUGAAGUAUUGUUAAAAAUAUAUACAUGUAACAGGUGGCUUUUUUGGGCCGCUCCAGUCGGGGUACAAACGCUCAUCCCCACCAUCACCGGCUUGGGACCGUUAAGUGCUGACCACUGAGCUAAAAGACCAGGCUGACAGCUAAGCAGUCACCAUUUUAUAUGAUCUAUAGUGAAGUUUUACUAACGUUGAAUGCUAAACGUUCAGCAAAAUAUGGCAUCCAUUACACUUAUCCCCUGU